AUGGAGCCCGUUUUGGAUCCACCACCGUUGCCGGACCAACUGACGGCAGCCGUCCCCGACGCCGCCACCGCCAACCCCGUCGCCGCCCAAACUUACGCCCACAAGCAUCCCCCUUACGCUGAGAUGAUAACGGCGGCUAUUUCGGCGUUGAUGGAGCCAAACGGAUCGAGCAAGAGGGCCAUAGCUAAGUACAUAGGGGAUCACUACUCUGACCUGCCAUCGACACACGAGGCUCUGUUGACUCACCACCUCAAGCGGUUGAAAAUCAAUGGGCAGCUCCUCAUGGUGAAGCACUCCUACAAGCUCCCUAGAUCUGCUCCCCCUCCCCCCAACGGUGCUGUUAACGCCGUUGCUCCUCACCCUUCUCCCGCUGGGCCCAAGAAAAGGCCUGGACGCCCUCCCAAGCAUAAGCCCGAGGCCGCUCAACGUGGCAGAGGCCGGCCGCCCAAGGCCGGUGGUGUGGCAAAGACGGCGAGGGAUCUGAGUGCUUUGCGGCCCAGGAAGCUGUCUGGUAAGCCUGUGGGCCGGCCGAGAAAGAAUGCAUCAGGAGGAGCUGUUAACCGAGGUGUAGAUUCACAGCUCCUACUGGCCUAUCUCGAUCUCAAAGCAAAACUAGAAAAUUUGCACUCAAGAAUCAGUCAAACAGCAAACACUAUAAAGCCGUAUUUGAACAACGAGGCCUCUAUUAAUGCAUUGCAAGAGCUUGAGCUGAUAGCAGCGAACAUGAUUGUGCCACAUCCAUCGAUUCAGCCUCCACCUCAGCCACAGGUCCAGCCUCAGCCUCAGCCUCCACUGCUGCCCGAACAGUAUCCCCAGCAGCCCCAGAACUGA